CAGCAAAGGAGAGAGAAGGAGCUAAGAAAACAACAAGAGAGAGAGCAACGGCGGCAUUAUGAAGAACAAUUGCGGCGAGAAGAAGAAAGGAGACGGGCUGAACACGAGCAGGAAUACAAGCGCAAGCAGUUGGAGGAACAACGGCAAGCCGAGAGGCUACAGCGACAGCUGCAACAAGAACGGGACUAUCUAGUUUCUUUACAGCAGCAACAAAGACAAGAACAGAGACCAACCGAGAAGAAGCCUCUCUAUCAUUACAAGGAAGGGAUGAACGCCACUGAGAAGCCAGCUUGGGCAAAGGAG